CUUGUUAUCUGGACACUCGAGUUCGGCACAAAAACCUUUAUAAGGAGAUUCACCCUUUCAGUUUUGCUGCUUGUCGCAGUGGUUAAUUGUCUUCCCACCAAAACCGGAUCCAAUAUCAAGAGGAUUCCUUUGAACAAGGGAAAGACCAUCAGAAAUACACUAAGAGAUGUCGGCCUCCACGCUGAAAGCUUGAAGAAACGUUACACUGAGCUCAAUGGAAAUUUGGAACCACUCACCAACUACCUCGAUGCUCAAUACUUUGGACCAAUCAGCAUUGGAACUCCACCACAAAACUUCUCAGUGAUUUUUGAUACUGGUUCUUCAAACUUGUGGAUUCCUUCAGUCAAAUGUGCCAUUCUCAACGUUGCCUGUUUGCUCCACAAUAAAUACGAUUCCAGCAAAUCUUCAACUUACGAGGCUAAUGGAACCAGUUUCGGUAUCGAGUACGGUACUGGCAGUUUGACAGGUUUUCUGUCCACUGAUGUCGUUACAGUAGCUGGUUUGGAAGUUCAAGGACAAACCUUCGCCGAAGCUGUGGAGGAACCGGGAAUUACCUUUGUUGCUGCUAAGUUUGAUGGAAUCCUGGGUUUGGGAUAUUCGACCAUCUCAGUCGAUCGUGUCGUCCCAGUUUUCGAUAACGCGGUCGCACAAGGUCUCGUCGACGAACCCGUGUUCUCCUUCUAUUUGAACAGAGAUCCAGAAGCCGAAAUUGGCGGAGAAAUUGUUUUCGGAGGUACCAACCCUGAACAUUACUCCGGUGAAAUUAACUGGGUGAACGUUACAAGGAAAGCCUACUGGCAAAUUCACGUCAAUUCCAUUGAAAUCGAUGGAAUCGAAUCUGAAUUGUGCGUUGACGGUUGCGAAGCUAUUGCUGACACUGGUACCAGUCUGAUUGCUGGCCCAGUCAAAGAAAUUAAACAGAUUAACGACAAGAUUGGAGCUUUUACUAUUGUCAACGGUGAAGCCAUUAUUGACUGUAACAAAAUUCCUGAACUUCCGGCCAUUAACAUCGAAAUCCAAGGCAAGACUUACACUUUGGAAGGAUCUGAUUAUAUUCUCAAGAUUACUGAGAUGGGAGAAACAAUGUGCAUCAGUGGAUUUUUGGGAAUGGACGUCCCCGAACCAGCAGGUCCAUUGUGGAUUCUUGGUGAUGUGUUCUUGGGAAGGUACUACUCCGUUUUUGAUCUUGGAAACGACCGUGUUGGCUUUGCCGAUUCUGUCAACUAAUACAUAUAUAAUUAAAUAAAUUAAUCUCCUGAUUUA